AGCAAUAGCAAAAGGAUAUAGUAAUUGUUUAAACUACCGCAUAUGAACACGAUGUCUAUGAAAUGGCUCUCGCUUCUGCAGCUGGUACAGCUCACUUGCUACUUUAACUCUGGGAGUUGUGGAAAGGUGCUGGUGUGGCCAGUGGAAUUUAGUCACUGGAUGAAUAUGAAGACAAUUCUGGAUGAACUUGUGACGAGGGGUCAUGAGGUGACCGUACUGGAAUCUUCAGCUUCCACUCUUAUUGAUCCAAACAAACCAUUGGCUAUGAAAUUUGAGACUUUCCCUAUAUCUUUAACUAAAGAUGAUUUUCAGAAUGUUGCCAAGAUUUUGAUUGAGACAUGGAUGCUUGCGGUGAAAGAUUACUUUUGGAUCCAUCUUUCAAGAAUGCAAAGAUUAUUUGAGGAAUUUUCUGAUAUUGGUAUAAAGAUAUGUAGUGAAGUGGUUUCAAACAAGAAGCUUAUGACAAAACUACAGGAAUCAAGGUUUGAUGUCGUUCUUGCAGAUGCUGUUGGACCCUGUGGAGAGCUUCUGGCUGAAGUACUUAAAGUACCAUUAGUGUACAGUCUCUACUUCUCACCUGGCUAUUUGGUUGAAAAGAGGAGUGGAAGACUUUCAUUUCCACCAUCCUAUGUACCUGUUAUGUUGUCUGAAUUAAGUGAUCACAUGACAUUCAUGGAGAGGGUAAAAAAUAUGAUAUAUGUACUUUAUUUUGACUACUGGUUUCAGAUGUACAAUGAGAAGAAGUGGAAUCAGUUUUACAGUGAAGUACUAGGAAGGCCGACUACAUUAGUUGAGUUAAUGGGGAAAGCUGAAAUGUGGCUUAUUCGAAACUACUGGGAUUUUUCAUUUCCUCGCCCACGGCUACCAAAUGUUGAAUUUGUUGGAGGCCUCCACUGCAAACCUGCCAAACCCCUGCCUAAGGAAAUGGAAGAAUUUGCGCAGAGCUCUGGAGAACAUGGUAUUGUGGUGUUUUCAUUGGGAUCAAUGGUCAGUAACAUGUCAGAAGAAAGAGCCAAUGUGAUUGCAUCAGCCCUUGCCCAGAUUCCACAAAAGGUUCUAUGGAGAUAUGAUGGCAAAAAACCAGACACCUUAGGACCCAAUACUCGGCUGUAUAAGUGGAUCCCCCAGAACGACCUUCUUGGCCAUCCAAAAACGAAAGCCUUUAUAACUCAUGGUGGAAGCAAUGGCAUCUACGAGGCCAUCUACCACGGCAUCCCUAUGGUGGGCCUUCCUUUGUUUGCUGAUCAACCUCAUAACGUUGUUCACAUGACGGCCAAGGGAGCAGCUAUCAGAUUGGACUUGGAAACAAUGUCAACAGAAGAUUUGCUCAAUGCAUUGAAGGAAGUCAUUAAUAAUCCUUUCUACAAAGAGAAUGUCAUGAGGUUAUCAGCCAUUCAACAUGAUCAGCCUAUGAAACCCUUGGACCGAGCGAUCUUCUGGAUUGAAUUUGUCAUGCGGCACAGAGGAGCCAAGCACCUGAGGCCCGCCGCCCACGACCUCACCUGGUUCCAGUACCACUCUCUGGACGUGAUCGGAUUCCUGCUGGCCUGUGUGGCAACUGCUGUGUUUGUCAUCACAAAGUGUUGCCUGUUUUGUUGCCGAAAGUGUGCUAGCAUAGGAAAGAAGGGGAAAAGAGACUAGCUGUUUCUGAGAUGUCUAGCAGGUUUGCCACAUGAAUAGAACUCCUCAUAUUUAUUACAGUAAGAUGAAUUAUGAUCAAGUUCGACUCCUCUUGUGACAAAAUGUAAAUUUUACCUUCAAGGGAUUUUCUACCUGACAACAAAUAUGUCUUGCCAAGAAAAAACACGGAUGAAAAAUGAAAUAAACAAUAAAACUAUA